UGUCUUACUUAUACUGUUAUCCAAAUAUUUGCUAUAUUUUGUUCGUCAGUCUUUGCAUCCCAAAGAUGUAAUGCCAUAUAACAAUGUAGACAGUAUUUUUAAUAAUAAUGAUAUUUAUUUUGUUUAGUUUGCUUUUAAAAGUUUCUAUUAGCUUUGCAGCUAUAAGUGUUUUGUUUUCAAUAAUGAUCACUGCUUUUAAACAAUCAGAAAACUGUGACAUGCCCAAUCCGGAGGCCGAAGACACACCUUUGAUGAACCAGAUACCGUUCUACGUCCUAAACAAUGACUUACAAGUAAUACGUACAGUUGCCAAUAGAAGACCAGACUUAGCAACGGACAAUGGAGAUAUUAACGAAGAGGAAGUAGAAAAUAGAGUUUAUUUCUUUGAUGCUAUACCGAAUGAGAGAGAUUUACUAGAAGACCAAAGUAUAGUUGAAUAUAAGGUGGUUAAUACGGCUCAGAACAUGGAAAAUGAGUAUGAUAUGUAUUGUUCUACGCCAACGGACACUGGGUCAGAUAUAGACGAUGACCUGUCAGAACCAGACCUGGAAAUAACCCUUCAAGAAGUCCCCAACGGUGUAAUAGUUAACUGGAGCUGCUACCUCCCAUGGUCUCACUGGCACACUCUAGUGCCAUCAACAGUGUCCGAAGCGCUCCUGGAGUGUGUGGUCUGCGCGGAGUACUGCGAGCGAGAGUCGCCACACGUGGAAAGCAGUCGCCACGCAGCAGCGCUCGCCAACGCCAGGCCUAAGCACAAGUUUGACCUCGCACUUACUAGGAAGAUUCGGGACAAAUAUCAUUGCGCGGUUUGUAACGAAGCGUUUGAGAUAUCCGAAGAGAACAAUCAUUUCUCCAGCAAAACACAUGAAGGGAACCUCCUUUUCUCCAUCAACAAGGCAUCAGACAUUUUGGACAACAGCGAUUACAAGAACAGCAUCAGAAACGAUACAUAUCAAUACAGACAUUUACACCAGCUCCCUGUUCAAACCGACCAGGAAAGCGUUGCAAGUGACACGGUUCACGACAACCAAAAUUACAUCAAUUUCCAAAACAAUUACGAUGAUUUCUAUGAAGACGACAUACCACAAGUAACGUAUGAAUUCUCCUACGCCACUAUGGCUAAGAAACCCAAGGCACCGGUGCAGAAUUUUAUUGAAGUCAACCUUGGUGACCGGAAGGUCAACGUCCGUUAUGACUCCUGGCAUAUGAUCAUAAAACCUCAGCCGAAUAAGUUCUGGUGUAUGGUGUGCAGGAGGUAUGACCAUCUGCGGCAUAAGUCGCAGCAUUGCGAAGAAACCGAACACCUAAGUAAUCUGGACAAGUGUAAACUUGUGGAGGCCUACGGAGAAUACUUUAUUAGACAAGUAAAUUCAGACGAUAAGUUGUACCACUGCGGUCACUGCAACAAUUUGCAAUGGAACCAUGAAAUGGACGAUCAUUUGGAAUCUGUUCACCCGCGACGCGCGAGAAACAUCUCCGAGACAGCCAAACCCGUCAACUCACCAGCAAACAAACCCACAAAUACCAGCAAUAAUACAACCAGAAAUACUGACAACAACGCUGUCAAAAAUACGAAUACACCUACCAAAAAUACCAAGAAUACAGCCAGUAACAAUAACGCUGUCAAAAAUACGAAUACACCUACCAAAAAUACCAAGAAUACAGCCAGUAACAAUAACGCUGUCAAAAAUACGAAUACACCUACCAUAAAUACCAAGAAUACACCCAGUAACAACCAUUCGCCAGAUAAUAUUAAAUGCAACGCUAAUAAUGAUAAAGUUGGUUGUAUAUUGUUUCAGGGAAGUAAUAUAACUCCUGUGCCAAACGCAAUACCUCCUGUUAAUUAUAUAGAAAACUAUACUAAUGCCCCACAUACAGCUAUGGUCAUUAUAAGUCCGUUCGGCUUAAAGAUGGCCGUGCAUGGUCUAAAUUAUAACGUAAUAUGUAGAAGGGUGGAUGACUUCUACUGUGGACUCUGCGAUAUGGUAAUACCAGACACUGGGGUUUUGCAUCAUAUGUACAACAUGAAUCAUAUAGAAUUACUAUUACGAAUACCGUUCAUAAUACCUUUCAGUUCGAAUCUAAUAAGAGCGAUUCGCAGCGCCCUUCACUGCACCCUGUGCAAUCUUCCAAUUCCAGCAGAUAACAUAUAUAUCCACACAAAACAACCUCAACACACCACUUUCCUACAAAACGCACUGAGAUUGGCAAGAAACUCAAAUAUAAACGAAGUUAUCACUGCUAAUAACAUCAGGCCAAACAUUACACCUAAUCCAAACAUACGUCUGGCCAACCCCGUUGGUAACUUUAAUAAUAUCCAAGAACAUAAUAAUAAUAUCCAAGCAAUUAUUAAUAAUAGGGUAGCAUUUAAUAAUUCGCCAGUAAACGCAGGAAUAAAUCAGAUUUCACCGAAAAAUACACAAGGUGCUAAUAAACCAUUGACAAAUACCAAAGUGUUCAAUAAUUCCCAAGAAAUGCCAAAAUCUCCAACUGUUAAAGAUAAACAAGAAGUUGAAACGGAUACAAAAACGAUAAAUACAGAAAACGAUGCAACAAUACCUCGGAAAAUAUCAGAAAGUGAAGAAUACAAAGAUGAUUCGAACGAGUCUUUUGAAUCUGUGGCAUCAGAGGAAGCAACGUUUGAUUUUGAAGAAUACGUUUAUUUAAGAUUGAAAAAUACGUAUUUUAAAGUGUCGAAUACGUCUUAUAAUACUUUAGUUAGCGUAGGGGACGGUUCUAGAUAUUGCUUUGUAUGCGCACAGCAAGUUAAACAUAUCGAGCUCCAAAAACACGUCGACAGCAGAGCUCAUUUGGAAAAUAUGGAGAAAUACAGGUUUAUUGAUAAGUAUGAAGAUCAUCUAUUGAGACAGAUCUACCUAAUGUAUCAUUGUAGUGUUUGCAACAUAAUUCUAAGUAGACGCGAGUUAAAAUCCCACCUGGUUUGGGUGACGCACGCACUCCAAAACGAUAGCACAGUUAAAAACAUAACUAACAACAAAAAAACACGUAAAACCGACGUUAAAGGUGGCGUGAAACAGAUAGUAGUUACAGCGCAGAAGGAAAACAUAUAUCUACAGGAGAAAGAACGAAAAAUUAAAGUGUUAGUCAACGCAGACAUAAUCAACGCACCACAGAGUAAUGAAAAUGCAGAGACGAACGAGGUAGCAAAGAAAAGUAAGAUUAUCAUCUUCAAUGAUAACGUGCUCAAAAUUGUUUGGGACAGCUGGCAUGGCAUUUCGAAGAUAAAGAACGGGUAUAAAUGCAGUCUCUGCCAGAAGGAGGUGGAAUUUGAAGAUAUAGAGGCGCAUUGCAAUAGUGAGUGGCACCAAUACGGUUUGGAUAAACCGUUUGAUAAGCAAUACGCACCGGCUUUGAUUCGAAAGGUAACAGAUGUGAUUCUAAACUGCUUGAUAUGCAACACAGAGGUAUCGAACAAGAAGAAUAUAAUAUUAGAACAUAUAAACGGAAAAAAACACAUAAAAAAUUAUGACGUCAUACUGAAGGAAAGCUCCAUGGCUAAUACCUACACUGACUGCCACGAUGACGUACUUACGAUAUAGGUUGAUCAACCAGGUUGACAGGUAAAAGAUUCAUCAACCUAUACAAUAGUAAUUACGAUGUUAGAUUAUAAGAUAGUUCUAAGAGGAAUAUUUUUUUACUAUCAAUUGUCUUUAUAUUAUAGGUUGAUCAACCAGGUAAAAGCUUGAUAGAUAGAGGUAAUAUUGAAUGCAAAUAAAGAAUAUUGAAUAAUAAAAGAACAUCUUUAAAAUUAUUGUUUGUAAAAUGUGAUAUGUAGGUUGAUCAAACCUUAUAAUUAUUCAUUUGUUACAAUGAGUAAAGUUGAUUGAGGUAAAAAAAUAUUACAAAUUGUAUUAUUAGGAUUUAUAGUCUGUUUUUUACAUGACACGGUAUAGUGAGAGUAAUUUUAAUAUAGGCUGAUCAACCAGGGUGAUAACUUUCCGAUAGCUUUUAAAGUAUAAUUUUAAUGAAAAAAAAUCGCCAUUUUGUGUCUAGAAAUAUUAGGCCAUGUAGAUUAAUUUCUAUCUAGCUCUCUCUUCCACGGUGAUGAUAAAUAAAAGUCUAAAAUUAAUCAACCCAGUUUGACUGUUAAAAGGUUGACGAUGAAUAGACUGAGGUUGAUGAUUGUAGGUUGAUUAACCGUAAAGGGUGAAUAUCAAAAUGUGCCAAGUUUGGUGGCGAACAUUCAUAUAAUUUUUUCGACAUUUUUUCAUUGUUUUUAAGGAUCCAAAAGGAUCCUUCUUCAUGUCGGAACCCAGGAUCCUUUUGGAUCUUUUUCAUAUCUGAACCUAAUUUUUCACGAAAAAAUAAUAUGAAAUUUCGCCACCAAACUUGAAAUUUUGAUAUUUACCCUGAAUAAGAAUUUCAAAUUAAAAUACGGUGAAAACUGAUAUUGGAUUAUUGUUAACCAAAUCAGCAAAUUGAUUGGGAUAAAUGACGAUUCAAUUAUAUUAUUGUGAUUGUAAUAAUAAUUGUGAUAUUAUAAUAAUAUUCAAAGAAGUCUGGUCAUUGAAAUAGAGUGACAACCCUAUCAUAGUGUUCCCAAGUGCUAUACAUUCUAGUUUGUCCGAGUAGAAAAAAAUACCUACAAAUAACAUAGACAAAACCAAAUGUGUGGGUAGUACGAUCACGAGCAUUAAUAUGUAUACACUUUGGUACCAUGUCACAUUAACUUUUUUGACAAAUUGAACUAUAAGUCUCACUAAAUGUCAAAUAUGUUAGUGCGACAGAGUCCUAAAGUGGGUACAUUAUAUUGCUCAUGACUGUACACAGCAACCAGCAACCACUCUAAAAAACAACAUUGCAGUUUGACACUUGCGCAUUUAAAAGUGCGCAAUGUCAAAAAAAAUAGCAAUAUUGCUUUUUAUUAGCCUUUUUAGACCCCCAGAGUCUUGUCACUUAAUACUACGAGUAGUUGCAAACUAUGAUGGUCGUAUUAAUAUCGCCUGAAUGGUUUUAAUGACAGCGGGCCAGUUUACUCCGAGUUUAGGUCAUAAGGGUUCUUACAGGUAGGUAUAAAGAAGUGUUGGUAAAGGUUUCCGAUAGAUGUCGCUUAUAACAAAUAAGAACUUUUAACAAAUUAGUGUGCAAAUUAACGUAAAAGUCUUUAACAGGUAGGUCUAGUCAAAAAGACCGCUCUGAAUCGCACCCGGUGGGAAAGUGCUCAUUACGCUGGCGGCUUUUCCUCGCUGGACUGCCAGCGAAAUGUUCUGUACUAGGUACGAUUCCGCGCGGUGGUUACCUCCGUUCUGCCGUUACCGCCUGCCCAAUUGCCUAACAAUAAAUAAUAUAACUUUUUUUUUGUUUACUCCGAACUUAACCGAACGUAAUUCGGUCCUUUUCCACAUGAAAAAUAUUAUUUAAUUCUUAAUUCUUUGUACAGAGUUAACUGGCCCAAUCAUUCAGGCGAGUAGACUACAAAUAAUACAUGUAUAUAAAAAGUGUAAAGUCGCCCGCCAGAUUUUAAGUGGCGACUUGACACCUAACCCAAGUAACCGUUGUUAUAACACGGUGAAUUUAAAUUGGUUAAAAUAUAUUCUUCGGUUAUGAUAACAGGUUGACGAAACUUAGAAGGUUGAGCAACCAUAAUUUGACAGUAAAAUAAAAGUGUAAUCACAUUGCACUGAUAAAAAUACUGCGUUUUGAUUUUUAUUAUUUAUUAAAAUUAGUUUUGUUAAUAAAAAAAGUAUUUUCGUGUUAAUAUUGAAAUAAGGAAAACAUAAUUUUGAUAAGUGAAUAGGUAAGAGUUUUUUUGUUUCGCGCCAAAAGACAAGCUAUAAACUGGCUGAAAUUUUGUUAUUUAGUAAUUAGUUUGUAAGAUUUUGUUUUUAUGUAAAUCAUUAUUCAUUUUCGUUACGUUUUAUAAAACAUUGCAUUUUGAAUUUCCAUUUCUUAAAAUACAGUAGUACCUAUUUCUGUACAAAAAAUAUGUUCAAAACAGAAUUUCGUUGCGGCAACCCUAAGCCUGCGUUUCCAUUGACGCGGAGCUGUGCGGACAGGAGCGGAGAUUUGCAGGAAUCGACCAAUCACCGUGAGGGAGAGAGUGACAGAGCGUCUUCGUUUUUCGCUCUCUCGAACGCUGUGAUUGGUCAAAUCCGCACAUCUCCGCUCUUCUCCGCGUCAAUGGAAACCCGACCUAAUACUUCCGAUGUAUACAAAACGUUAUAUAUCUGAUUUUAAUCUGUUUAAAAUAUGGAUAAAAAAAACCCUAUAAAGUGGUGAACGGAAAGGCAUAAGGUGUUAGUUACAUAGUAACGAAAACUUUGAGAGAUAAUUCAGACCAUGAUUUGAUAUCAAGUGGAAUUUUCCGCCACAAAAAUAUGAAACUGAAAAUAAUAAAAAAAACACUGACAUUUCCAUGAAUCUUCCGACAGGAAAUUCCACUUGAUAUCAACUCGGAAUCACGGUCUGAAUCAUCCCCCCCAGUAUUCGCCACGGUGUCACCAACAUUCAUACUAGCGGGCUUAGCACCGUAAGCGCGCGACUCUUUCUCGCAUCGACAUACGUCACCCGUCACUCUCUCACAGUAUUGCAUAGAAAGAGACAGACAAUCUCUGUCGCGGCGAGAAAGAGUCGCGUGCUUACGGUGCUAGGCCCACUGAUGUUGUAAGGCUUUUGUAAUUUUACGCUUUCAUCACUUUGAAACUGUUUGAAAUUGUUUUUGGCAAACGUACAUACUUCCAAACUAUUCAGGAAUUUGAAUAGAAUAUACAUAACAUUUUAUUAAUUGUGUUAACUUUUUUCUUAUUUUUUAUGGUGUUUUUUUUUUAAUUGUCUAAAUGGCCACACUGUAUCAAUUCAUCUAAAAAAAGCAAUAUUACAUAACGUAAGCUGACGACUAUAGGUAUAAGUAAGUGCCCGCAACUCGCCGAGCUUUCUGUACAAAAAGCAAUAUUGCUAUUUGACAUUUGGAACCUUUAUUAUAUAUGCGCAAAUGUCAAAUAGAAAUAUUGUUUCUUUUUUUAGAUGAAUUCCUUCAAUGUGACCAUUUUACACCCGUCUUAUUUUUGUUGGCUGAAACUAUGUCUGUACUAAGUAGUUAUUAAUACAAUAAGUAUUUUUAAAAUGAGAUUUCAUACAAAAAUAUUUUAGUUUUUAGAUCUUUAAGUUUCAUGAUUACCAUAAAGUUUUAAGUUAACCUACUCGGGUCAUGUAUACACGGAGUAUGGAGCUUACUCCACCAGACUGCUCCAUUGUUGGUGGUUUCCAAACUACUCCAGUAUUAUGGAAUGAGAUGGCGAAAAUUUUCGUCUUUUAGGGUUUUUUUUUAUUAUUUUCAUAUCGUACUUAUUAAGUAAGCAAUUUUGUUUUUUUCAUUAUUUGUUUUAAAUACUAAGUGUAAGGUUUAUAAAUAAAUGUGUUACACACAAUCAUUACACAGGUCUUUACCUGUGUCACGAAAACCGCCGCGUCGACUUUCGUAGGCAGUAGCUUUAUUGUGAACAAGCCUCAAAACUGCAGAUAAUAUACCCUAUUUUUUUAACGUAUUUAAGUUGGGGUUAUAACCCAAUAGAAUUAAGCUGGUCACCAUCCGUCAAACGGAUUGCAUACCAGCGGGAUGCCUAUUUGGUUUUCCCGGUUAUUGUUUCGUUCACUCAUUUUGAAAUUAACAGCUGUCCUUUUGCUUUUCGACGGAUAAAAAAGUGACAGGUGUAACGUAAAAUUAGGUAGUAUCUGCAGGUAUCGGCAGCAUUUUCCACAUAAAUAUAUUUAUUUGUUUUGUUUAUUAGGUACAGAUAAUAACACAUAACAAUUAUAUCGAAGCAAUUAAUCUAAAAAAGCAAUAUUGCAAUUUGAUAUUUGCGCAUGUAAAAGUAAGUGCGCAAUGCAAACAACUGUCAAAAAACAAUAUUGCUUUCUUAGAUGAAUUGCUACGAUGUGGCCAUUUUAAACCCCCGGGUUGUAAUGCACAAGAGGACCUAUCACGGAGCUCCGUGCGUCCGUAGUUUGCGGACGAGUGGAAUGUAAAGUUGAAGUAUGUAGUCACUUGUAUGGCGCGCGUUUCGAGCUCACUUGGCCGGGUCAGUAACUUUAGUUCGAAUGUCAGUAGUUCGAUGAAUGCUUAUUCGACUGAAAUAUUUUUCGAAGCCCUUUUUAACGAAUGAUCUCAUUCUUCCGAGUCAACUUUGUAUCGAACCCCUCUUUUACCGACGAACGGUUGACUGAAGCAUUCAUCGAACAAGAAAUGUGAGUUGUUGCCACUAACCUAACCUAACCCAACUUUCUUCUAUUCCGCGAACCGUACGAUACAUAGUCAGUAUACGCUGCGUCUAUUAGUUAAAGCACGCGAUAUAUAUCGCCGCGUGUAUUUUUUACUAUAAAAGGUAGUUCUUAAGUACAAUUUAUAUUUUGAAAUUAAAAAAAUAUGCCAUAAAAUGGUUCAUUUAUACAUAUUAUUAUAAGAAAACAAGAAUGUAAUGUUUCGAAACUGUUUCUGCCACAAAAAUGUUGUGAGAAACCGAAUUUGUUAUUGUAAAAUGAAAAUAAAUGACAUUUUUUAAUUAA